AUGGAGAAACUCGUUUUGAGUAUUCUACUCGUUUCCUGUGUCAGAGCUCACUUGCCUGUUCCUGACCACGAAACCUAUAAAACUAUAGGCUCUACCGAUGUAGAUCCGAUUGUCGAAGGUGGAAGCAUAGAACUGUCGACAGUGGAUGACGACAACAACAAAGUUGCGUUAGAUUUGACAGCAGAUUUCGACGAAAAUGAAGAAGAUACAGAGAAGGACCUGUCGAACCGUAUCUUCUUCUACUUGUACACGAAGGAGUCGCCAAAAGUACCCGAGUUACUGACUAUCGAUGACUCCAGUGCUUUGCAGAAAAGCUCUAUCGAUUUAACGUUACCUACGAUAAUCGUUACACACGGAUGGUUCAACUCUCACAACAAUCCCACUUGCACUGAGAUUCGAGAUGCUUAUCUUAAACACGGCGACUACAACGUCAUCGUGGUGGACUGGUCGCGAAUAUCGAUGAAACCAUUUAUGUGGGCCCGUAAACGAGUCGUAAUGGUCGGCAAAUACGUCUCCGCCUUUAUCAAUUUCCUCGUGGAGCACGGAAUAGAUGUGUCUAAGUUGACCGUAGCUGGCCACUCUCUUGGUGCUCACAUUGCAGGAUUGGCAUCUCAUUACGCGAAUAAAAAAGCGGCACGCGUUCGAGAUCUUGUUACAGGUUUAGAUCCAACUCUUGUGGCUUUCGAGAACGACGGGCCAGGAGAGAGGAUCGCUAAAGGCGAUGCGGAACACGUAGAGAUUAUCCAUACUACCGCAGGAAUAUGGGGUUUCGCCGAUCCGAUUGGUGACGUCGACUUUUAUCCAAACGGCGGUACCAAACAAAAUGGCUGUGCGAUUAAUGUACAUCCUAUAUGCGGGCACUUCCGUGCUCCUUUCUACUUCGCGGAGUCUAUUAAUAGCGAAACAGGCUUCUGGGCGGUGCAAUGUGACAGCUAUAGUGACUUCAAAGAUGGUAAAUGCAAGUCGAAUCCCGUUACUCUCAUGGGUGGUGGUAAACCGGAUUUAGACGCCAAGGGAGCGUACUAUUUGGACACUGCUUCUGCUCCUCCAUACGCGCUGGGUCCUAUCAGCUCGCGACGUUAA